CAGCGAGCCCAAAGCGUUCAACCACAAAGCGGAGAAGAAGCGCGAGCCUGCUGCAGGUGUUUGGAGGAAGUAGCCAUGCACGGAAUAUUGCGGAAAAAACAGCGAUUAUAUUUAUAUUAACACAACGCCGACCAAGAAGUCAUCCCCACGAGGGCGGAUUUGGUGUUUGGCUUCAAGUUGGAGGCGCCCGGCCAUCGCCAUGGGAACGACGACGAGCGAGCCGUGCAUCUACGACAAGCUGUCGGAGAGCAUCGACAUCCUGCGCCAGUCGGGCUACCGCUACGGCAUGUCCGAGCGCGAGAUCGAGCGCUUCAUCAAGCGCAUGCUGGAGACCAACGAGCCCCGACGAGAGCCGCCGCAGUUCCCCCUCCUCGGGGCCACCGUCAAGUUGGUGGUGGCGGCGGGCCUCCUGCUGCUGGCGGCGCUAGCGUUCACGUACCCGCACAGCGCCCCGCACCCGGGCACCGCCCGCCCGGGGUCCCGCAACUGGUCGUCGCCGCUCAGCCACGUGCGACUGCUCGCGCUGCCCAUCGCCAAGAAGUACAACCUGCAAGGCUUCCACGAGUGGUGGAGUUUGAGCUCGCCUAGACAGAACCCGGUCAACUGCUCGGGUUGCGCCGACAUCUCCUCGGUACUGGAGGUGCCCGAGAGCCUCCGCGGCACCGUCACGCUGCGUCCUGGGCCCCAGCUCGUCCUCUUAAAGGGCGGCGAGUCGCUCAGCCUCGAGCGGCGCCAGCUGGAGGAGCUCUACCUGGCCCACUCGGCGUCCGUGUCCGUCCUGCUCGAAGACGAAGACGGCGGCCCGCGCAACCUGGGCGGCGAGCUCCCGCGAGGACCCGCCAACUUCACCCUGCUAUGGAGGUUCCGCUCAGCGACCAGAGAGAAAGUAUUACGGUGGCUCUUCCCCAAGGCGGAGCUCUGCCCUCUGCUGGACAGCGCCGGCACUGUCUUACAACGCUGCUUGGUCACACACAACACGGACCCCCACAACAAGGGUGUGGCGGUCCUGGGCUGGCUGGUGGUGGGCGAGGGGCUUCCCAGGGUGCGAGUUGUUCCCGUUCAGCGAUGCCACAAACACUGCAGCUCCUUCAAGCUGUCGCUCCACCCCGGAGACAUGGUGUACGCCGACCCCCGCUACUGGCAGAUGGCGCUCUUCCCGGGCCGAGGACAGAACAUCGUGUGCGACGGCUCUGCGUUUUAGCGCUUCCGCGGCGAAUGUCCCGACGCCCCGCCCAGGCGGCGCUCGUCCGUCCGCCCGCUGCGGUCCCGCCCGCUGAGGAUGCCUUAUAACCCCGGGAAGAACUAGAAACGUGGCGAGAAAAGGCACGACUUGCUCCGCGUGCCAAAAAUGCCACGCCGCCAAACUGAACAACUAACAAGUAUGUUGCAAAAAAGGUCCCGGAAUGACGCAGCGUCAUCUUUUGUCUCACCUUCCAGGACCUGCUUACUCCUUUUUAAUUUUGCACAAAAGAUGAAAAAGCUGCUUCUCUUCUUUCUUCUGUAUUAUUUAUUGCUAUUAUUGGAUGUCUGUGACACACACAGAAUGCUGUUUUAUGUGUGUUAACAUGUUGCUAUACUUGGCAACAACUCACGGGACCAAAAACAUGACUGCAGGAGGAAUAAUAAUAAAAAAAAAUAUAUAUAUA